AUGGCGAUGGCGGAGAAGUUCGACUCGCUGGAGGAGCACCUGGAGAAGUUCGUGGAGAACAUCCGCCAGCUCGGCAUCAUCGUCAGCGACUUCCAGCCCAGCAGCCAGGCGGGCCUCAACCAGAAGCUCAAUUUUAUGGUGACGGGCUUGCAGGACAUCGACAAGUGCCGGCAGCAGCUGCAUGACAUCAGCGUGCCCUUGGAGGUGUUCGAAUAUAUAGAUCAAGGUCGUAAUCCUCAGCUUUAUACUAAGGAGUGUCUGGAGCGAGCUUUGGCUAAGAAUGAGCAAGUAAAAGGAAAAAUUGACACAAUGAAGAAAUUUAAAAGUCUGUUAAUUCAGGAGCUAACCAAGGUGUUCCCUGAAGAUAUGGCCAAGUACAAAGCUAUUCGAGGUGAAGAUCCUCCUCCUUAGGUUGGCCUUCAGUAGCUCUAAAAAUGUGAAUUCUAUGAAUUGAUGCUUACCUCUCUUUUUAUAAAAAACUUUGUUUGGAGGGAGGGUGAAAACAAGCAUUCAAAACAACUGUACUAAAAGAUACGGCAGUGGUAGACUGGAAAGGAACUUGAUGAUUGCUGAUGGUUCUGCUUUGAAGCUACUGAAUCUUUGUGCAAGCUUGUGUUCAAAGGUUGCAGUUGAACCUCCCUGUGACACCUGCAGUCAAUUAUAUUCCACAAAGUGCAUUUCCAGAGCAGAAAAAUACAUUAUUUUGGUUUCUGAUAAAUGUGCUCCAGGACUACGAAUUUUCAUUUGUAAACUGCUUUUUGUAUUGGUUUGUUUUUUUUUUUAAAAAGGACUGCUUCCAUUUUGUAAAAUUUCACUGAAAUGGAAUCCAUCAAGGCAGCUGCCGUUUUCAUAGUUCUUAAGAAACUGUAGCCAAGAAGACAUUUUUGUUCUGUUUGCUGCUACUGAGGAUCUAGAAACUGAGCACAUUCAGGGACUGGCUCCUCAACAAUGUUUAUUUUGUGUAAUAAUAUUUAAUGUAGACACUUUUAAUUC